UAUCAAUCGAAACUUACAGAAAAGGAAAGAAAAGAAAGGGUACUGGCCUGGCUACGUGCCAGCUAGAUUAGAGAAUCACAGCAUCACUCGAUCUUCAUCUAAACUAUAGAGAUCGACCUUCUCGUUACUACUGUCCUUUUUCAUAUCAUCACCAUCAACGUAAUGGAAAAGCAAUCUCAUACUGUUGCAUCUCCUGGAAUAAGGAGAGGUCCAUGGACUCCUGAGGAGGACAAGAAGCUCUUUGCUUUCGUUCAACAACAUGGCCAUGGAAGCUGGCGUUCCGUCCCCCAGAAAGCUGGUCUCCAAAGAUGUGGAAAGAGCUGCAGGCUAAGAUGGAGAAACUAUCUAAACCCUGAUAUUAAGAGAGGAAAUUUCAGUUUGCAGGAAGACCAGACCAUCAUUCUACUUCAUGCACUUUUGGGCAACAGGUGGUCCGCCAUAGCUGCACAGUUACCAAAGAGAACAGACAAUGAGAUAAAGAACUACUGGAACACACAUCUAAAGAAGAGGUUAGCCAAGAUAGGGUUUGAUCCUGUAACCCACAAGCCCAAGACCGCCAUCCUCGCCUCUGCUGAUGGCGGAGACCCGAAGAACCUCUCAAACCUCAGCCACAUAGCUCAGUGGGAAACUGCUCGGCUUCAAGCAGAAGCUAGAUUCUCCAGACAGUCAAAACUACUCAUCAGUCAUGACCAACCUCCUAGGUUUGGACCCGUGCCUGUACCACAAUGCCUUGACAUGAAUGAAAGAGCACGAGAAAUUCGAUUACUGUUAAAGUCAAUAUUAGCUGCAGACAGUGGUGCCCAAUUAGGUGGUGGUAUUGGUAGUACAGCCACCCACGUUGGGCAGGAGGUUGGUUCAUUUGGUAAAGUUGAUGUUGAGGGCUUGCUUACUAAUUGUGAUCAGUUUGAGGCUCCAAGAACCAGUACAUCAGUUUUGGUUUUUGAUGAAGUUUUUGGGGAGUCCGGUACUAAUAAUGACUAUGGUGAAUUGUUGGAGGCAUUACUACAGCACAACCAUAACAGUACUGGAUUUGAAGUUGGGGAUGCUUGGAGUUUGGAACAACUUGAAACAGUAAUGAUGAGUGAGCCGGGAACAACGUACAUUUGAAAUAAUAAUAGUUAUGAUGUCCUUACCGGCCACCCGUCUAGAAUAUAAUAUGUGUUGAAGGAUGCCGACAUAAUGUGUGCCUCUACAAACUAGGGUUUAGAGUUGUAAUAGGAAUGUGUUCUAGGUAUUCAAUUGUAAUCGGAUUCUAUUACCUUUUUGGUACCUUGUAACUCCCUAUUUAAAGGGCCCCUAUUAUCAAUAAUAAACACAAUUGCAUUCUCCUACAACACGUUAUCAGCACAAGUUCUAACCCUAACCCAAAAGAAAAAAAAACCUAAAACUAUCUCUCACAAAAUCUGCCGCCAACCCAAAACAAAAAAAAUUCCCAACCCGGCCUCAGCCUCACCUCACCUCACCGGCUGGACCUCCAGAUCCUUCUUCCGGCCUCCUCCCCUGCAGCCUACACAAACCCGCAAGCUUUCUGCUUGCUACCGCCACCGCACCAGCAGCCCACGCUGCACAGACGCCCCCCUGCGUCGCUGCCCUGCCUUCUGCACGGCGCCCCCGCGCCCAAACACAAGCUUUCUGCUUGCUGCCGCCACCGCACCAGCAGCCCACGCUGCACACGCCCCUGCCCCGCGUUGCCUCCCUUGCUCCAGCAGUACCUGCAAGCCCGUGACGCAACCCUGCUGCUGCCUACCCCAGCGCUCUCGUCGCUUCCACCUGCAAAUUUGAUCGAUAUCACCUGCAAACCCAGCCAACCACCUGCAAAUCGGAGAAAGAAGAAAAAAAAAAGGAAGAAGAAGACGUGGCCCACUGCCACAAGAAGAAAAAAAUAAAGAAAAAGAAAGAAGAAGAGGGGAAGACGCGGCCAGAAAAAAAAAAAAAAAAAAAAGGUGGGCUUCAAAUCAGCCCAACAAAUCAGCAGAAAUCUGAAAAAAAAAAAUCGCUACGCAUGCCUGCAUCAACACACACGUGUCCUCAAGCCCUGAAUCAUCAAGUAAGCUUUUGUAAUUAAAGUUGCUGCUUUUUGUACUUUAAAUUCCCUUUAUUUUCUGCAGAAUAUUGGAAUAUAUGUUGCCAAAUGGUUUUGAGUAUUUAACAAAGCGGAAUUGUGGGGAUUCACGCUUAACGAACUAAGAGUGUUCGUAUGAACUAAGAGUGUUCAUAAUUAAACGAACUAAGAGCGUUCGUAUGAACUAAGAGUGUUCAUAAUGCUUGGACUAAGAGCGUCCGUAAGCAUCAA